UUAACCGGUCAAACAAAGUCCACUGAUUCACGGCGGGGCCUCAGGUAAACAAAGCAGAGGCGUGCCGCGUGACGACAGGUGUCCUCCUCUCUGAUUGGGUGACGCUGAGCUUUAAGAACAGUAAACCCGCAGAUGAUGAUUUUAGUACAUUUGAACAUUUCCAAGCGCGUGCUGGUGUUUGCUGCAAUUCGUUUGGACAAGUCAUGAGUGGAUGUCCUUAUUUUGAGAAGAGGCAUUUAUUGUUUCGAAAUCAGCCUCAGGAGCCUAAAGAAGAGCAAGAUGUCUCUCAGGCAGGCAUCAACAAGGCCAGUAAAGGAGGUGUCGUCUAUGGAGAUUACCUCAAGCUGGAUCAAAUCGUGACAGCACAGGUGUUGCAGAGCGAGCUGAAGGGCAACAAGAUUCACGACGAGCAUCUCUUUAUUGUCACGCAUCAAGCUUACGAGCUAUGGUUCAAGCAAAUUCUAUUCGAGCUGGAUUCAGUCCGUGAGAUCUUCAUUGGUGGACAUGUGCGAGAUGAACGCAACAUGCUCAAAGUCAACAAUCGCAUCCACAGGAUCGUGGUCAUCCUCAGGGUGCUGGUAGAACAGUUCACCAUUCUUGAGACCAUGACAGCCUUGGACUUUUUUGAAUUCAGGGAAUAUCUGUCUCCGGCUUCUGGCUUCCAGAGUCUUCAGUUCCGUCUGUUGGAGAACAAAAUCGGAGUGCCCCACAACAUGAGAGUUCCUUACAACAGGCAACACUAUCGUGACAUUUUCAAGGGUCAGGACAGCGAGUUGCUACUGACUACCGAACAGGAACCCUCGCUCUUGAAAUUGGUCGAGGAGUGGCUGGAGAGGACUCCUGGCCUGGAAACAGAUGGCUUCAACUUCUGGGAGAGUCUGGAAAUCAACAUCUUUAACGGCAUACAUAAGGAAGAGCAGAAUAUUGAGCAAAUGUCAGACUGUGAGGACAAAGAGGAGAUGAUGGCUGAGUUGCUGAAGCAGAAGGAACUUUUCACUGCCUUGUUUGACAUCAAGCAUCAUGAGCACCUACUCGGUAAAGGUGAGAGGCGGCUAUCUUACAAAGCUCUACAAGGUGCUCUCAUGAUCUACUUCUAUAGGGAAGAGCCUCGGUUCCAGGUUCCUUUCCAGCUGCUCACCUCCCUAAUGGACAUCGACAUGCUCAUGACAAAAUGGAGAUACAAUCACGUAUGCAUGGUGCACCGGAUGAUUGGCAGCAAGGCGGGCACAGGGGGCUCGUCUGGAUACCACUACCUGAGAUCAACUGUCAGUGACCGCUACAAAGUCUUUGUGGACUUGUUCAACCUGGCCACGUACCUAGUGCCUCGCCAUUGGGUGCCCAAGUUGACUCCCGAUGUCCACACCUUCCUUUACACGGCUGAGUGCUGCGACAGCUCCUACUGCAGCAGCGAGGACUCGGACUAGCUCAGAAAAUGACAAGAGAAGAGGAAAAAAACACAUACAAAAAGACUUGUUAUGCAUAACUUGUUCAUCUUUCCACAUGACCACUUUUUCAUCCAUAAAGCACACUAAGUAUUACGUGGCGAUCCCGCGAGGAUGUAAAUACAGUUAGUUUAUAAUAAUAUGAUGCUUAGCAUCUAAAACUAUUUGCACAGCAUGGAAAUUAAGAAAAUGUGAUGUGUAUAUAAUGUUCAUAUGCUCACUGGACACGACAUUAGGCACGUCUACUCUGAUAAGCGCAAAUAUUAGUAGUAUACAUAGUUAUGUCCAGUUAGUGUCAGUUCCACAUUUUAUUAUACGUCUAAUAUAUUGUUUACUAUAAUUUCUGUAUGCGAACCGGUAUCAUUUUGUAUUUAAAAGAAAUGUUUGUUGUACAUAGCAUUUGUUCUGAAUUAAGGGUGUAUUUUUGUGCCUAAAUAAAGCCCAACAUCAAAUCCCUUGUAAAGUGAUUUAU